AUGGAGCUCAGGGACCCCAAGAAGCAGGAAGAUGGGGACCCGGAGGAGGACACAGCCACGGCCCUGCAGAGGCUCGUGGACCUGACGGCCUCCAGGGUGACCCCCGUGCGGAGUCUGCGAGCCCACUACCGCCUCAUCCGGAGGCUCGGCUCGGGCUCCUACGGCCACGUGCUGCUUGCCCGGCCUCGCCAAGGGGGUCAGGCCGUGGCUCUGAAGCUCCUCCCACGGGCCUCGGUCUUCAGAACCACCUUCCUGAGAGAGUUCUGUGUGGGCCGCUGUGUGUCAUCACAUCCAGGCCUGCUCCAGACGCUGGCGGGACCGCUGGAGACCCCACGCCACUUCGCCUUCGCCCAGGAGUACGCGCCCUGUGGGGACCUCAGCGGGAUGCUGCAGGAACGGGGCCUCCCAGAGUUGCUGGUGAAGCGCGUGGUGGCCCAGCUCGCAGGAGCCCUGGACUUCCUCCACGGCCGGGGGUUGGUACACGCAGACGUGAAGCCUGACAACGUGCUGGUCUUCGACCCUGUGUGCAGCCGCGUGGCCCUGGGGGACCUGGGUCUGACCCGGCCCGAGGGCAGCCCCACCCCGGCGCCCCCAGGGCCCCUGCCCUCCGCGCCCCCCGAGCUCUGCGUCUUGCUGCCCCCCGACACCCUGCCCCUGCGGCCCGCCCUGGACUCCUGGGGGCUCGGUGUGCUCCUCUUCUGCGCGGCCACCGCCUGCUUCCCCUGGGACGUGGCGCUGGCCCCUGACCCCGAGUUCGAGGUCUUUGCGGGCUGGAUGACUGCCAGGCCCCAGCCGCCCCAGCCGCCACCCCCCUGGGACCAGUUUGCACCCCCCGCUCUGGCCCUGUUCCAGGGGCUCCUGGAUCUGGAUCCUGAAACCAGGAGUCCCCCGCUGGUCGUCCUGGACUUCCUGGGAGAUGACUGGGGGUUAAAGGGGAACAAAGAGAGAGCUGGGGGCUUGGGGAGCAUGUCCAGCGAGGGUGGGGAGGAGGAGGAGGAGGGCGGAGCAAGCCUAGAAGAAUGGUCAGAGGAGGACGGUGACAGCGGGGGGAGGACGGACACAGAUGCGGGAGAGCCCUGA